AUGUCCCCAUCCACAUCACAAUCUCUGCCUACGGGAAAGGAUCCCCCAGACAGCACCACUCAUCCCGCCGCCAGCCUCGUCACCUCCCCUCGUCUCCCGUACGCAAAUCUGCAGCCGUCACAACAGGCUCAAGAGCCGCAGCAGGAAAGCAUCAUGGCACCACGGCCGGCAUUCACACCCUUCUUCACCCUCGUCGAUGACGCUACGAGCGGCAGCACGCACCACCCGGUAAACGUGCGGUACAUCUUCUCAGACGACGAUCAGGACCUCACAGACGAAUACCUCGCUGCUAUCUCCUCUGCGCCCUCUCCGCACUCGAGCUCGCAUAUCGCGCACUCCUCUGAGUCAUCGAGCUUUACUUCCUUUUCGCGGCAGCAGCAGAGAAUACCAUCUGGUGGAGAGCCAAGGGAACCGGAACAUAUAACGCUACUCCUCGAUCUUGAUGCGAGCGGUACGGCUGUGACAGCCUUCCAUUCCCUCUCCCCCUCGUGGCAACUCCUCUCCGCUUCCAUCACCAAAGCUCCUACCUGGGAAUCCGGCCCCGCCGCCGACGACGGGGAGGAUGAGUUGGCAGCGCGGUUUAUGUUGAGGCUUGAAGGGACGAAAGGGAGGGAUGAGGGGAUGAGGGAGAGGGUUAGGGGGGUGUGGAAGGAUCCGGGGGAGGGGGUGAGGGCGGAGGAUUUUCAGGUGUUGGUGGAGGAGUUUGAGAAGAAGAUGAGGGUUUUGAGGACGGUGGUUGAUACGGGGAGGGAUACUCUUGGGUUGGAGGAGGAAGAGCAGGAGGAUGGGGGAGGCGAUGAGGGGGAGCAUGAGCAACAGCAUGAGGAUGAGGGGGAAGGCGAGGACGAGAAGGAUGGGCCGAGGGAGUGAGAGUGAGGAACGGACAUGUGUUUUGGAGUCAAGGAGCGGGUUGUUAGCAUCGCGGGCACAUUAUGGAUGGGGGGGUAUACCACGUCCUGCAGGACACAGAGACAGAAGGCAACUCUCCCAUAGAAACUAGCCAUGCAGAAUCAGGCACCCGCAAUAAAGGAGUCGUUAUCACAUUUAUCACAUAAACUAGACACAGUGCCAAAUUAACCGUAAUAAUUUUGAAGACCUAUAUAUAAUACCCCCCUCCCCCAG